AUGCGCGACACAACCACCUCACAAGAGCGUCUGUCUAAAACUGACGGGCGUGCGAGAGCGAGAAAAAUAUCUAAAACGAGGCUUGUAUAUGAUUUUAUUUUCUCAGAGGAAUGUCCAACUAACGAAGAGUAUCUCCUGUGUGGUUCAUCUUGUCCGUACAACUGCACCAAUCCGCCGGAGAAGGUGGUUUGUGCUCAGGAGUGUAUCGAGGGCUGUUUCUGUGUCGCUGGCUACUUGAGGAACGAGACUGGUAAUUGUGUGCUCGCUGAAGAAUGUCUUAAAGCGGGCAACACUCCCAUGUGCGAGGAGAAUGAAGAGUUCAUGUCAUGCGGCAGCGCCUGCCCCGCCACUUGCAGUCAGCCGGAGCCGCUGGAAUGCUCGCUGGCUUGCAGUAUCGGUUGCUUCUGUAAAUCUGGAUACUACAGGGAUGAUGUUACUAAUAAAUGCGUCACCUUAGAUAAGUGUUCUAUCAAGCCUUGCACCAAAGAGAAUGAAGUAUUCGAUAUGUGUAACGCGGGUUGCCAGCCAUCCUGCAAAGACCCUGACCCUGUCUGCACGAAGGUCUGCUCCUCAGGGUGCGUUUGCUCGCCUGGUCUACUGCGAAGUGCGGACAAGGCCUGCGACUAG